AUGGCUCGUCAUAUCACCACUGACCAGCCACUACAUCUAGUGCGACAAAGCGGUUCCAUCCUGCGGACAGUCCUCAUCUUCCGCGACGAGACAACCCGGGUCAUCGACCGCGCUCGCACUCACAAGAUACCACGUGGGAAUUUACCCCCUAGCCAAAGGACAUCUGCCAAAUCGUCACCCGCCUCCUUCAACCUGUCGUUGGGCGUGUUGCGGCCCCCAGCUUCAUUGUCCGAUGACUCGGCGAACAGGUCCACACAGUACGACAAUGACAACGACAACGACCCGAACAACCUAGAAAACUCGAACCGAGAGGAUAAUGGGAAAUGUGGACAGGACAAGAAAGAGAGCGCGGCACACAAAUACAAAGACGUCACAGAGAAUCUCAUCGAUAGUAUUAUGUACGAUGAUAGCUCAGUUGUGCUCAGUGGGAUGGACAUGUUCGUAGAUGACACUAGCAUGUUGUGGGAGCCAACCCAGUUGAUGCCCGUAUUAUUGUCGUCAUCCCGUGGCAAAUCCCCAACGCUGAGCCUUGACUUGGACGGCCAAAUUCUGUCUAUGCUGAUAUCCCCCACGGUGCCAUCUCAGAGUCUCGAAGAGCUGGGGAUAAACUACUUUAUAGCAAACUAUGUCAUGAAAGACUCUGGGCCGUGCCCCGGCGUCUUCAACUACGCCGAGAACAUACUCGCCAGCCCAGCCGGAGACACGGAGCUGGCACGCGUGGCCAUCCAGGCAGUAGGCCUCGCCGGGCUAGCCAACAUCACAGGCGCCGACAGCGUCAUGCGCAAGGCACGCUCCAGCUAUGCGGAAGCUAUCGAGAGGGUCAAUGGGGCGCUAGUGGAUCCCCGCGUGGCCGGGAGCGACAGUGUCAUCUUCGCUGUAAUGGUUCUGGGGCUCUUUGAGAGCAUCACCUGCUCGGACGAUGAAUCUCUGGAGGCGUGGAAGUGCCAUAUCAACGGUGCCGCCUGCCUUCUGAUGCUUCGCGGCACGUCCCAGUUCCGUACGAAGCAGGGCCUGCAGAUAUUCGGCGAGGCCGUCUCCCACAUACUCACACUGUGCUCGAGGUACGACCAACCUAUGCCCCCGCGUCUGCGCUACUUGCGCGUCGAGAUGGAGCGGAACAUUAAUGGCAAGAGUCCGUCUUGGAUACUAAGUACUGCGCACAUCGAGGUUAUGAAUCUGUACAGCCAAGUGCAACCAGAACAGGAGACACCCUUUCUAGCCGGAGAGUGGGAGACGCUCCUCUCGCACGCCGCCGAGCUGAGUCAGCGACUUGAAAACCUCUUCGCUGAGCUACCUGUGACCUGGCGUUUCAAGACGGUCAAUGACCCUAUGGCGAAUCCACGCCUUGUGUUCCAGGGCAAAUACCAUAUCUACUACAACACGUGGGUAGCCAAGAUAUGGGACGGGAUGCGUGCAUGCCGCAUCAUCUUGAACCAGGUUAUCUACUGCCUACUGCUACGCGAGGGACUUGCGUUGGCACCGCAAGAGUUCUCAGACGGCGGCGCCUACACGAGCCUGCUACAGAGGACGUUAGACACGACAACAGAGAUGCGCGACGAUAUUCUCGCGUCGGUGCCUCAGAUGCUUGGCUUCAUCCAGCACGAAGCCACAACUGGCGCCUCGUAUAUGGACUGUAGCAGCAGCGCUGACCCGUCACGCUUGAUCCCAGCCUCGGGUGCGUACUUUGUCGUCUGGUACUUAUACCUUGCCGGGAGCCUGCCGAUCAACACGCCAGAGACACGUGAAUGGAUCGUAGAUCGUCUUCGUGCCAUUCGCUCUACAACGGGCAUUCAGAAAGCAGCGUAUCUGGCUGACAUGAUAGAGAAGGAUGUUGGCCAUCUUAGCGCCGUGCUGCCAGCGAGCGACUUUCUGCUUCCCCCCUGUUGA